GCAGCAGCAGCGUUCGGGGACCCGCGCCUCCUCCUCCCCCGAGCGAGGCCCGGGGUGGGGGAGGAGGAGGAAGAUGGAGACCCACAUCUCGUGCUUGUUUCCCGAGCUGUUGGCCAUGAUCUUCGGCUACCUGGACGUCCGGGACAAGGGGCGCGCGGCGCAGGUGUGCACGGCCUGGCGGGACGCCGCCUACCACAAGUCGGUGUGGCGGGGGGUGGAGGCCAAGCUGCACCUGCGCCGGGCCAACCCGUCGCUGUUCCCCAGCCUGCAGGCCCGGGGCAUCCGGCGCGUGCAGAUCCUGAGCCUCCGCCGCAGCCUCAGCUACGUGAUCCAGGGCAUGGCCAACAUCGAAAGCCUCAACCUGAGCGGCUGCUACAACCUCACCGACAACGGGCUGGGGCACGCGUUCGUGCAGGAGAUCGGCUCCCUGCGCGCCCUCAACCUGAGCCUCUGCAAGCAGAUCACAGACAGCAGCCUGGGCCGCAUCGCCCAGUACCUCAAGGGCCUGGAGGUGCUGGAGCUGGGGGGCUGCAGCAACAUCACCAACACGGGCCUGCUGCUCAUCGCGUGGGGGCUGCAGCGCCUCAAGAGCCUUAACCUCCGCAGCUGCCGCCACCUCUCGGACGUGGGCAUCGGGCACCUGGCCGGCAUGACGCGCAGCGCGGCCGAGGGCUGCCUGGGCCUGGAGCAGCUCACGCUGCAGGACUGCCAGAAGCUCACCGAUCUCUCUCUCAAGCACAUCUCCCGCGGCCUCACGGGCCUGAGGCUGCUGAACCUCAGCUUCUGCGGCGGCAUCUCUGACGCGGGCCUCUUGCACCUGUCGCACAUGGGCAGCCUGCGUAGCCUGAACCUGCGCUCCUGCGACAACAUCAGUGACACGGGCAUCAUGCACCUGGCCAUGGGCAGCCUGCGCCUCUCAGGGCUGGACGUGUCCUUCUGCGACAAGGUGGGGGACCAGAGUCUGGCUUACAUAGCCCAGGGGCUGGACGGCCUCAAGUCGCUCUCCCUCUGCUCCUGCCACAUCAGUGAUGAUGGCAUCAACCGCAUGGUGCGCCAGAUGCACGGGCUGCGCACGCUCAACAUUGGACAGUGUGUGCGCAUCACGGACAAGGGCCUGGAGCUGAUCGCGGAGCACCUGAGCCAGCUCACGGGCAUUGACCUGUACGGCUGCACGCGAAUCACCAAGCGGGGGCUGGAGCGCAUCACGCAGCUGCCCUGCCUCAAGAACCCUCCAACAGCAACACGCGAGACCAUGGAGUUAAAGAAACCCAGAGACCUUUAUCAAGGAAUUGUACUGUUUGUGAAUUUGUAUAAAUAAUAACAAAGAUCCUCUUAAAAACGUUUAUAUUCUUACAGUUAAAAAAAGGUUAAACUGAUAUUUAUAUAAUAAAGAGGAAAUAUGAAGUA